AUGACUUCCAACACUACGAUGCCGGGUACUGUGCAGAUCGACAAUGGCAUCAUCAGACUGAACACGCCGAGGAACCUCGACUGGGACUACACACACGAGGCGAAGUGGUACAACAUCUUCCCGACCAAGCUCCACCAGCCAGCGUGGAGGUACAUGAGCAGUGGUACCGGAAGACGGGUCAAUCCAUCUCCUGUCGCGACCGAAUCCUGGGGUGGCAAUACAGACCCCGCAUAUCCAACGGCCGUGUCAGGUGUCGGUACGAGAUUCACGGAUGGCGAGUCGAGAUUGUUGUUUGAGGCGGGAUUCAAGGGUGAAACAGAUGGAGGAGGUGAGCGGCAUUUGGUGUACGGAACGACAUUUGUACCGGGCGACAAGCUCAAGUGGGUGCAUCCGCGCCCGUACGAGGAGCCCGAGGUACUCACUUCCGCCGUCAAGCGGGCGCUCGAGACAUUUCAGGCGUCCAGUCGUCUUUGCGACACACGAGUCGGUCAAUACCUCGAGGGACGACUGGGGCAGGCGCUGACUGAAGCGUGCAAGGGACAAGAUAUUCAAGUUGUCCGCGUCGUACCUGACGACUACUCUCGACUUGGCCUGGUAAAGGGACACAGGAUUUGCACGAUCAGAGAGCAUGGACACCACUGCGGUCAUGUCUGGGUUGGGGACGAAGCAAGCAAGCGCACGGCCCCCAGCUACUUCCGUCAGCUCCAUGUACCGGGAGAUCCGGCGGACACGCUUUCAGACGACCCGAACGUACCCCCUAACCCCCUACCCCCUAACCCCCUAACCCCCUAA